UGACGGCUGCUCAGCGGUUAGGAGAAGCUCGGCUCCGCUCGUCAGGAUCGGCCACUGCAGCAACAGCAGGGGGGAGGAACAGGGAACUGCCGGCUGAGAGGGUGCAUGGAGGAUGUCCCGAGUCCCAGUGCUGCUGAGUUUUGAGAAGCGGGAACUGUCUGACAGGCCAGGGGGCGGGCGCCAUGCAUGAAUUCAUUCAUUCAUUGAAGCACACGGCAUAUCAGCGCUACAAGACCCUCGCCGCGGCUGCCCGUAGGCUAACCCACUGUAGCAAAAAAAAAUGUUUUUUUAAAUGGAUUCAAAGGGAGCAUGCCGCCCUCUAGUGGCCGGCUCUCAUAGGCAGCUGCCUAAAGCUGUCUAAUGGUGGCGCCGGCCCUGGACCCAUCUCUGCCAACUUUGACCUUAUGUAAAAAUCAAGUCCCUUUUGCAGUGGGAAUGGAAUUGCAGGCCACCUGCACAGCACAUGCAUUCCACUAAAAAUGUUUCCUCUAAGCCCCUGUAUCUCAGAGUAAGAGUCUUGCUUCACAAAUUUAAAUUCCGAUUUUAAACUUCCCCAUAAAACUAGAGGUAAAGGUGCACUAUUACACCUAUACCAUACUUUUAGAAGAACACCCUCACUCAAUUCAACUCCUCCAUCUUGCUCCUGUGCACAUGAAGAAAUCUUGCUGCAUAAACCUUGAGGUCGACAGAAUCUGUAUCUUCUUCUCCACUAUCUUCCACCAGGAGGCAGCAAAGGCCCCUGUAAGUGAAGACUCUGACAAUAAAGUGGAAACUAAUGAGGACCUCAGUGCUGGACAGUAUUCACUUGAAUUUGGGUCUUUUAGUCAGGAACAAGAUGAAGAUUACUUUGAAACUAGAUCGUACUUCAGUGAAAGUCCCUCUGAAUUAAAAAGUGACGUGUUUGAAAGCAUCUCAGACAUUGAUUCAGUUUCUAGCGACACUGCAGAUGAACUGAGCAGAAGGCCAGACUGUAUUAUUCUGGAAAAGGAAGAAUCUGUGUACUCAAAGUUAGCUAAACUCCCGGACAGCAUUCAUUUAAGCAACACAUAUUUAACAAAAGAAAGUCAAUGUGGCCAAGAUCAGACAGAGCCCUUAACUUGUUUAUCAGCAAAAAACUUUUCAUCUCAGAACAAUCUUGCAUCAGAUGUUAACAAACUGGAUACUGAUGAUAAAGACAAGGAGCCAGCUUUAAUAAACCAUUCAUUUGCUACAAAUUUAAAAUUGAGUGACGAUAGAGAGAACAAUAAUAUAACUAUUAAUGCACGGCAAGGUGUUCUGACAACAGGAAAAGCAGAGCAUAGAGAUUUGGAGAGCUCCACAGAAGUGAGGGUGGAAAAACACAGAGGAGUCAGUGUCAUAUCCCAGUCAGAGGGCUGUCUGUCCUGUGCAAGAUCAGAUACAUCUACGCUUGUCGGGAUAAGUAAAUAUCACCAAAGUCUGCCUAAUAUUCAUUUAAAAAUCCCUACUUACAAAAGGGGCAGCUCAGUAGCACAUGGCAAUAAUGCCACAAGUAGCGGACAUAUAAAUACGACUGCGCAACCUCUCCAGAAAGAAAGUCCUAACUUGGACUUAACUUCCACAUGUGUAGACCAACGUAAUGAAAGAUUAAUGAGGACAUCAUCAGAAAAUCAAGUGUAUGAGGAUAACAUUGAUCAGGAAGAUUUCCAUUCUUCAGAUGACUGGGACCACCGCUCUCAGCAAUAUUGGGAACAUAAUACAUCAUUUCAUAGUGAUAAAAGUGUCCAUGACCAACACUGUGCAUUACGGGCUGACGAUGGAACAGAAGUAGUCUGUGGGACAUCAAGACUAGACACAUAUGAAGAUAGAGAAAAGAUAUGUGUAGUUAUAUCAAAAUCAGUAUCAGAGUACAAACGUAAUAAUUCAGAAACAUGUGCAAAACCAAUUGUGCCUGACCACAGCACGCAAGAAAUACAAACGCGUACAGGUAGUAACAGUGACAUCACAGUAAAGAAUGCAAAUAUCAAAAAAUCCAACACAUUACAUCAAGAAUCAAGACUUCAUGCUACAGCAGAUGAUUCCCCUAGCAAACCUCUUAUUAUAAUAUCUAUUGAGCGAACGGGAGCUCAGGAAACACGGAACAAGCCCAACAAUGUUCAGCUUAUAGAAGAGCCAUGCAGGGAGACUUGUCCUCAUCAAACAAACAAUUCACCUGAAAAUAAUAGAAUAAUAACCCAGGAGUCUCCCAUUACAAUUCCCAGUGGCGACUUAGACACAAAUACACUUAAAGAUAAACAUGUAGCCAACACAAAUAGCAAUACAGAGGAGAAUAGCUCCACUGAACCAAACACAGAUAUGAAAGUCUCACUCGAAACAGAUUUCGAUAAGGUGGCCAUGGAAACGAGCCAAGAUGAAGGUCCUCAUCUGUGGGAUAAGGUGUUAGAUUUACAGUAUGUGCAAAACAAUUUUAUUGAACUAAACAAUAGUCCAGUUUCUGAGACAGAAGAGUCACCUAUGGUAGGGGAUUUAGAUGAAAACUCUGUUGGAAAUAUGGGUUUGCCAAAUUCUGUUCUACCUUUGGAUGACUUAGAAAGUGAAGAAAGUACAGAUAGCUCAGGUGAUGAAAAAUUUAGUUUUUCAGAUGAUGAUUUUGAAAAGGAAUAUGAAGGCUUAGUCCAGAUAGAAGAUGAAACAGAAGACAUUCUGGGGGAUAUACAAGAAUAUGUUCCUGAAAGAACAACAGAGAGCAUGGAUAUGAGUGUGGCGGAACAGGAUGACAAAAGCACUUGUAGCAGCAUUAAUAGCUUUGAAAGUGAAGGGAACUUUGAUCAAUGCAAAGGAACUAAUAGUAAUGAAGAGGUGGAAGAAGACUCAAAUAGAAAUUAUACUGGUGAAUCUUCAACAUUGUCUCCUAUUUCUGAGAUAGGAACAGUGAACAACAACCCUGACAACGAUGGAAGUAGCACAGAUGUAGAUGACAAAGUUGAGUGUAUAGCAAUAAAAACCAAUGCAGAAAGUAACUCCUUGCAGUCCCUUAAACCUCCAGCUAUAAGUAGUAGGCAGAUAGCAAAUUUAUGCAAAGACGAACAGUCUUCAGAUUUCUCCGAUGAUGAACUAUACGAAAAUGGCUUUCUAUACAACAGGAGUAUGAGGAAGGCCUCAGGACCAGGGAGAAUUGACCUGGACAAUUUCACCAGACUUAGAUGCAGUGUAUCAAAUGUAAAUAUGCCUGAUCCAAUCAAGGUACCGCACAACAUAGAUCUUUCACACAACAUAGAUCUGACUAUAUCCCAAUCCGAAAGUAAUGACAUCAAAGGCAAUAAAAGUGCAGAGAGCAAACGUCUGAAAGAGAGGUUAUCCUGGGCACAUAAGUCUUUCUCGAGUCUUUUUGAUUUUAAAGCCAUAGAAAAAGAUAAUACAUCUCAACAGGCCGAGAUUGUUGCCAAGGAUGACAAGAAAAAGAUCAGACCUCAUCAAAUGUCUUGGAAAGCAUUACGAAAAAGCAAAGAAAGAGACUCACUCAAACGGCUCAGUGUAUUAAAUUUAUCGACACAUGUUAUAAGCCCAAAUAAGCCAAGGAAAUUAUCUAAUGAAAAUUCAUCAGUGGUUCCAGACUUGCUUAGUAGUUCGAAAGCAGAAGUGGAAGAUGAGAACUGCUCAGAACUGAAUCACGACAACAGGAUGGCAAGUUCUCCAAAGAAGACUGCAAAUGAUGAUAUUGAUGUAAAGAACUCUCAUACAUGUGGUGCAAAUGAAAGGACAUUAUCUGAGCAGUCUGUUAACUGUUCAACAUUUAAUCAAAAUGACCAGCCUUCAGUGGUUAAACAAUCAUCUACCCCAUCUUACACAAGCAUAGUGUCAAUUUCUGAUAUGAAUUUCAUGCCGUGCCGGCCCAUGAGCCCAAAACCACAGAGUCAGUGGCCCAUCUAUCCACGGAAAAGUUUACGCAAUUGCAAUGUCAGUGCCACUUCCAUGAGCUCACUAGGUUCUCCACUAGAUGGUUAUUCAGACUCAACUGAUCCAGCAAUGGCAUUUAAACCAUGGAUGAUAACUUCUUCGGAUAACGAGUGUCUGAAGGAGGACAGUGGCAUCAGCAGCCAAUCCCAGGCCAGCUUAUAUACUGCUUCUUCCACUAGCGAUAUACUACGAGAGGAGGAUAAUAGACAACAAAAUCAAACAACAGCUAUAAAGAUACAGAAGGAGAAAAUCCUUCAGAAGAGGAAGACCUCUGAGUUGUUGGUUUUCACAUUCCCAAACACGGAAACAGCAAGUAAGACCUCCACAUUGCCCCUGGUGACUUCAUUGGGACACGUAAAAGAUUCAGAGAAAAGAAAUACUAAAUCGCUGUUCAGGAGCCUCAGCUGUGAUGACCUAUGGGUAAAUCAGAGAAAGCAGGAAAUGAAAGUAGACAAGUCAGAAAGCACUAUUCAAGCAGAAAGUUUCAUGAAGAACCAGUUUCAAGUAAGAAUGACUGGGAGAAGGUCCGCUACGCCCUAUGACAUAUUUCGCAUCCUCCCAUUGAAGAUCCACUCAUUUUCCCAGAGCACCCCAUCUAGGCUAGAUCUUGUGGGCUGUGUAAGACGCCUUACAUUCCCAGUAAUUACAGAUGGCUCGCUUGACCGACCGUCUCUCACAGAUGAUAUGGGGAGUGAUGAAGACUUGUAUGAUGAUCUGCAUAUUUCCAGUCACCGUUAUGGUGGAGGAGGAGAGCAGCUGGCGAUAAAUGAGCUGAUAAGUGAUGGAAGUGUGGUGUAUGCAGAAGCUCUGUGGGACCAUGUCACUAUGGAUGACCAGGAACUGGGCUUCAAGGCUGGCAGUGUUAUUGAAGUAAUGGAUGCCACCAAUAAGGAGUGGUGGUGGGGGAGGAUCGUAGACAAUGAAGGCUGGUUCCCUGCAAGUUUUGUACGACUUCGUGUGAACCAGGAUGAACCAAUAGAAGAAUACAGCUGUAGACCUGGAGACAGAGACCGGGAUGCCAGGAAUGUGUUUAGGUGCCACGGCUUUGGUCAAACCAACAAAGACCAAAUGAGGACCAAUGUGAUAAAUGAGAUAUUGAACACAGAAAAGGAUUACAUCAAGCAUUUGAAGGAUAUAUGUGAGGGCUACAUCAAGCAGUGCCGUAAGCGAGCAGACAUGUUUACCGAGGACCAGCUGUGGACGAUUUUCGGGAACAUCGAGGACAUCUACAAAUUUCAGAAGAAAUUCUUGAAAACCCUUGAAAAGCGAAUCCACAAAGAUGCUCCCCACCUGAGUGAGAUCGGCUCAUGCUUUCUGCAAUAUCAAAAAGACUUCCAGAUCUACUCAGAGUACUGCAACAACCAUCCGAACGCCUGCAUGGAACUUUCUAAACUCUGCAAGGUGAAAAAGUAUGGUUACUUCUUUGAGACUUGCCGUCUGGUACAGAAGAUGAUAGACAUCUCGCUGGAUGGUUUCCUACUGACACCAGUGCAGAAAAUCUGCAAAUAUCCCCUACAGCUAGCUGAGCUUCUGAAAUAUACCAAUCCCCAGCACAGGGAUUUUGCCGAUGUUGAAGCAGCAUUGAGUGCAAUGAAAAAUGUGGCCAAACUGAUUAAUGAGCGGAAGAGAAGACUGGAAAACAUUGACAAAAUAGCCCAGUGGCAGAGCUCCAUAGAAGGCUGGGAGGGGGAAGAUAUACUCACGAGAAGCUCAGAACUCAUCCAUUCUGGUGAAUUAACCAAGUUCUCCCAGCUUCAAUCAAAGGGGCAACAACGGAUAUUUUUUCUCUUUGAUCACCAAAUUGUAUACUGUAAAAAGGAUAUCCUCCGACGUGACAUUUUAUAUUACAAAGGAAAGAUCAACAUGGAUGAAAUGGAAGUAAUUAAUGUAGAGGACGGUAAAGACAAAGACUUUAACAUUACUAUGAAGAAUGCAUUCAAGCUGCAGAGCAGAGUCUCUGAGGAGUUUCACCUAUUCCUUGCCAAAAAACCGGAGCAGAAGCAGCGCUGGUUACAGGCAUUUGAGGAAGAAAGGAAACAAGUCCUUCAGGAUGAGCAAACAGGCUUUAGCAUUAGUGAGACACAAAGAAAGCAGGCGAUGAUUAAUGCCAACAAGCCACGCAGUAUGGUAAAACCAAAAGCCAUGAACAGGACAUACUAUGAUUUCUGGAUGAGGCAGAAACAUCCCACAUUGCCUUCCAACCUCCCCCAGCAACAAGUAUUCAUGCUUGCUGAGCCCAAGCGCAAACCCUCUAAUUUCUGGCAGAACAUCAGCAGGCUGACUCCUUUCCGAAAAUAAAGGAUCACUUUGUGUUCUGCUCUUGCAUCCUGUACAAAGAAAGCACUUUACCAACAGUUGACAAAGUGCCUGUGCCUGGGACUCCUACUUUUCCCUUCUACGGGACAUGGCGCUGGCUGGUACAUUAUUCUAUAUUUAUUUUUUAGAAAGAAUUGGACAUAUUUUACAUGUUUGUUGUUGCUGCCUCCGCCCAGGUGAAGUGACCCAUCGGGGAAAUGACACAUCCGGGAAGUGACCCAUCUGGGAAAUGACCCAUCCGGGAAGUGUUCUAGUUUUACUCUGGAUUUUAUUAUUUUCUUUGCUCCGUAAUGUACUGUACUUUUGGCGAUGUUUAGCGGAUGAAUAUUUUAUGAACUGUCAUUGAAACUAUACAUUCAAAACUCAAAUCCGAGUGAUAAGAAGAUAUUAAUGCCCUUAAUUAAGGUGCUGACAGUGCUGUGCUGAACAGAACUAUAUGUAGGUCAGGCCUGUGACUCUCUAUAUGCUGAAAGUGAGCAGGUUGCCUUUGUCUAUAAUAGAUCUGAGCAUAACCACAAAUGCCGAAAUGGCUUUCUGAGCAAGUUAAUGAGUAGCUUAGAUACUGAUCCACCCUGCAGUGGUUCUAUGUAUGCCAUUAUCUCCUAACCAAUAUCCCAGGCUCUUAUGACCUGCAAAUUGUGUAUUGAGUUUUGCUCUCUGAUAUCCAAAGUGUCUUUUGUCCUUCUAUCUAGAUUUGAGAGCUGCCAUACUUAUUGCUGUCUGAAAAUGAUAGGUCUUUGCACGAGUGAUGUUGAUCCAUAAAUUGUUUACAUUAAGCAGGUAAAGGUACCGUUCCCACCAUUUGUUGCAUGAGGAAUCCUUUGUUCAUAUUACAAGAGCUCACAUGACCAAGUGGUGCCAAUCAGAAUCUACUGCUCCCAAACUUUUGUGUAUACCUAUACACAAGUAAAACAACACUGUGCCUAAAUUAAAACUGCAGCACCAGUGGCAUGUCAUGCCCAAGUGCAUCCUUCCAAAUGCCUCUGUCCCUGCAGUAAAGGUAGUAAUAUUCCCCUAGCAUAUUUUUCUGUUUUCUAAACUUUUUUGUACUUAUUAACAUAUACUUUAUUUAUGAGAAAUAACAUUUAUGAUGUACUUUUAAUCCUUUGUGUAAUUACGCCUUGUGUGUGUUAUUAAUCCUUGCCUGUUUUUGAAUCUGUAUGUUAUAUACAGAUAUGAAAUAAAAUUGCCUUACAUAGUACAA